CCAACUGCUGUGCAGCAAUCACAAGCUUGACAUGAAGCCCAUCUCAAGAGUCCACGCGGUACUACAACGGAAAGUUUCGCCCGAGAUUAGCUUCAACAACGCUGUAGCCAACAGUGCUGAUGCGCCGGUAAUUGCGCCAAACACACGGUUCCGACGGGCCGGCGGGCGCCAUGCUCUCCGCAUUCACAGCUCGACCCAUCAUCGAGCUCAAGCAGCGGGACAAAUCCAAGAUCGAGUCCGUUCUCGCCUACGACGAUCGCGUCCUCGUUGGUCUCAACACCGGCUCCCUGCGAAUCUACCGAGUUAACGACCCCCUUCCGCCGUCCGAACCCACUCCCGCCAAUAGCACCUCCACCACACAGCAAGACACUGUAGAGUCCGGUUCUGCUGCAGCAACCUCCCAGCAUGCAGAGCAGACGCUCAAGCCGCCGGCUAGCAAGCCGACGGACCUACUCCGUGAGGUAGAGAAGUUCUCGACGCGCGCCAUCGAGCAACUCGCCAGAUUCAAGGAAGCGAACAUUCUCGUGUCCCUCUCAAAUUACGCCGUCUCCCUGCAUGACCUCCAAACCUUCGAGCCUAUCGAGUCACCCCUGCCUCGCACCAAGAAUGCCUCCGCCUUUGCCGUGACCACCAACGUCGUCAGAGACCCUGCCACGGCCAUUCCAGAGAUCAUCUCCCGGCUGGCCGUGUCCGUCAAGCGCCGUCUGCUGUUGUGGUCAUGGCACGAGAGCGAAAUGUCUCCGGAUGUCUCCGAAAUUGUGCUGGCCGAGUCUAUCCGAUCCAUCACGUGGGCGAACGCAACGAAGCUUGUCUGCGGCAUGAACAGUGGAUACGUGAUUGUCGAUGUGGAGAGUGGAAGCGUCGAGGAUAUUGUCGGUCCGGGAGCUAUCGGCGGAGCCUCAGGUGGACAAGGCCGCUUCGGCGCCGUCAGCGCGGCGGGGAUGGGGUACAUGGGUCUCGGGAGCUACAUACCAAAGCCGCUGUCGGCAAAGCUGGCAGACGGAGAGCUGUUGCUUGCCAAGGAUAUCAAUACCUUGUUUAUCGAUGACUCAGGGAAAGCGUUCGAGAAGCGCCAGAUUCCUUGGCAGGCGGCGCCGGAUGCGAUAGGGUACAGCUACCCCUAUAUGCUCGCCCUGCAGCCACCAGCGAAGGGGUGUCUUGAGGUCCGAAACCCCGACACUCUGAGCUUAUUGCAAACUAUUAACCUCCCUGGGGCCGCAUCGUUGCAUAUUCCCCCGCCAACCGUCAGUCUGUCCCAUGGCAAGGGCUUCCUUGUGUCGAGUGAUAGGACGGUGUGGAAGAUGGAGGCAACCGACUACGACUCGCAGGUCCAAGAGCUGGUCAAGAGCGGCAAGCUUGACGAAGCCAUCAGUCUUCUGAGCAUGCUAGAAGAUGCACUGCUCAAGAACAAAACAGAGACAUUACGAGAAGUCAAGAUGCAAAAGGCAGAGAUGCUGUUUCGCCAAAAGAGGUACCUCGAGUCCAUGGAUCUCUUCAACGAGGACGACGUCAACGCCCCGCCAGAAAGGGUCUUGAAGCUCUUCCCCAAGAUCAUCGCGGGCGAUCUGUCCGGGGUCGAGGAGGAGAAGCAGGACGAGUCUGAACAGGAGAGCACUAAUGGAAAUGCGGGCGGCGAACAGGAGGCAAGAUCGGACAUCGCCGAAGUGGCCGCCUCCCUUCCAAGGGCCGGGGGCUUCGCCAAGUAUCUCAUGGGCAGCCGGAAGGCCAACCCCGAGACGGCGUCCAUCGCCUCGUCUAAGAAGGGGGCAGAUGACGAUGCCGCAAGCGGCAAGGGGAAAUCCCAGGACGAAAUUGCCCAACAAGAAAAGGAGAAGGACCUGAUGGCGGCCGUCCUGGCACUCAACGGCUACCUCGCCGGCGCGCGAACCCGCCUCCAACGGGUCAUCGACCCCGCCACGGGCAAGCUCAAACCACGCAAAUUCCAAUCCGGGACCACCGAAGAAGCUUUCAAGACGCUCCUCCUCUCAUCUCUAGACGAGAGUGACGAGCAGAUGGAGCGCAAGCUCCAAGAGACCUACCGGAUCGUUGACACGAGCCUGUUCCGCGCAUUCAUGUACUCGCGCCCGACGCUCGCGUCGUCCCUCUUCCGCAUUCCCAACUUUUGCGACCCGGACGUCGUCAACGAGCGCCUGGUCGAGCACAACCGCUUCAACGAGCUCGUCGACUUCUUCUACGGCAAGAAACUCCACCGCCAGGCGCUGGACUUGCUGCGCCGGUUCGGGAGCCCCGACGAGCCUGACGAGGCGGCGCCGGGCUUGCAUGGUCCGCAGCGGACCGUCAUGUAUCUGCAGGGCUUGCCUCCUGAGAUGAUUGAUGUCAUCUUGGAGUUUUCAGAGUGGACUCUGAGAAAGGAUCCUGAAUUGGGCAUGGAAAUCUUUCUUGCGGAUUCGGAGAACGCCGAGACGCUACCAAGGGACAGGGUAGUGGCGUUUCUAGGUGGUAUCGAUGUCGGGUUGGAGAUUCGGUACCUGGAGCACAUCAUUCGCGAGUUAAACGACAUGACGCCGGGCUUCCACAAUCGGUUGAUGGAGCUGUAUAUCAGGCAGCUGUUGGAGAAGGAGAACGCGGAGGAGUGGGAUGCGCUGAUGACGCGACUGGUGCGGUUCCUGAUGGAGAGCAAGCAAAUCAGUCUUGGCAAGGCGAGGAGUCUGAUUCCCAGAGACGACCCCCGGUUCUACGAGGCGCAGGCCGUCGUGCUCAGCAACAUGGGCCAGCAUCGACAAGCUCUGAUGAUCUACGUCUUCAAGAUGCAAGACUAUACCAGAGCCGAAGAAUACUGUAACCGCAUCCACAAAACCCAAGUACCCCAGGCUCCAACACCAGGCCGCAUGCAGCCCUCAACCCCCGCGCCAGAAGACAAACCCACGGACCAGCAAUUCGCUCCCGAAGAAAAGCCGUCCAUCUACCACACCCUCCUCUCGCUCUACCUGACCCCGCCACCAGAGUACUCGCCCAACCUCGCCCCGGCCCUCGAGCUCCUCUCCAAGCACGGCUCCCGCCUGCCGGCGACCUCGACCCUCUCCCUCGUGCCCGACACGCUUCCCGUGGCGCAGCUCGAAUCGUACUUCCGCGGCCGCAUGCGCAGCGCCAACAGCGCCGUCAACGAGACACGCGUGGUGGCCGGGCUGAGGAAGACGGCGCUCUUCGCGAACCAGAGCCUGUUGUUUCUGGGGGACGGGAUUCCCGGGGGCCAGGGGGGCAGGAAUAGAAGGGUGGUUAUCGGGGAGGAGAGGGUCUGCGGGGUGUGUCAUAAGCGGUUGGGGGGCAGCGUGGUGGCUGUGUUUCCUGAUAAUGCGGUUGUGCACUAUGCGUGUAUGAAUAGGGCGGCUGGAUCGAGGGCGAUGUCGCCGCCGGGGGAGAGUGCGAGUGUGAGUGGGAGCGUGAGUGUAAGGUCUGGUGGGUUUGGGGCAUGGGGGAGGGUUGGUGGUUGAUUAUCGGGGCUCGUGUCGAGACGUGCCGUUGGGGGGCGUGUUCCGGGGAGCUGUACUGCCUGCGAAGUCGGGUCUUGUCGUUUCAUGUAGACUAGUGUCGCGUUCCAA